AUGGCCAACUUAAAUACCCGGAUCGUCUCCGUUCAACGCCUCAACCAGGACCCUGGAGCCCGAUCUCUAGCCGAAUGGUGGGCGGAUGAGCGCAAGAAUCAGACCCCCGAAUCAAAAGCCAUCGAAGAAGCCGCCAACCUCCUCCGUACAAGUGAUAUCCCCGUCGCCUUCCCUACCGAAACAGUAUACGGCCUGGGCGCUGAUGCCACACGCAGCGCUGCUGUGCAAGGCAUUUACCGCGCGAAACAACGACCCUCCGACAACCCACUGAUUGUUCAUGUGGACUCUAUCGACAUGCUCAAUAAGCUGCUAAAUCCGUCUCAACAAAGUCCCAGCGCAGCGAAAACCCCGCGCACCCCACUUCCUCCGAUCUAUGCUCCUCUCAUCGAACGUUUCUGGCCUGGGCCCCUCACUAUUAUCUUACCGAACCCAUCUGGAUCGGACCUUGCUCCAGAAGUCACCUCCAAUCUGACGACCUUUGGCGCUCGUAUGCCCUCCUCACCACUGGCCCGUCUUCUUAUUCACGCUACAGAUCGCCCACUCGCUGCGCCGUCUGCGAAUGCGUCUACAAAGCCUUCUCCCACUACAGCGCAACACGUCCACCAUGACUUGAAGGGGCGUAUCGACCUAAUUCUUGAUGGUGGAGCUUCUGGUGUCGGUGUUGAAAGUACCGUUGUAGAUGGAUUGUGUAAUCCACCGGCGAUCUUACGGCCCGGUGGUAUUGGAAUCGACGAACUGCGCGAGGUCCCCGGUUGGGAAAACGUCGAAGUGGCCUACCGCGAUGGAACCCUAGGUGUCAAGGAGAUUCCCCGGGCACCAGGUAUGAAGUACCGACACUACUCACCGAAAGCGCGAGUAGUGCUCUUCAAGGCAUCGUCAAACCCAGAAGGUGUGGCUCGUCACGUCCGAAAAGACCUACAAGAUAGUGCGAUUGGCGCACAUAAUAUUGGCAUUGUACGUACCCGGAAUUGGAAGCAAGGAUUAGGACUUGCGCCGGAAGACGUAGUGGCAAGUACGCUUCAGCCUGUUGCUGCAGCCAUCGAUAACCUGGUGAGCUUCCCUGUUCCCGUGCAGGAGAAUGGUAGCCCCAGUAGUCGAACCAAGUUGGCCUACGACUACCAUCUUGGCGAUGAUACCACCUCAAUUGCGCACGGUCUCUUUGCAGCAUUACGGGCCCUUGAUGAAUUUGAUGUGGAUGUGAUCUACGUCGAAGGAAUUUCGGAUAGUGAUGGUGAUCUGGCGGCUGCCGUGAUGAAUCGUCUUCGGAAGGCCGCUGGGACGGAGAUGAAGGCAUAG